AUGGGUGAAGGUGGUGGGACACGAAUACUACUAUGGAUAUCAAUACUAACCCUGCUCUUCAUACAGAUCAAAGUUCAAGCCCAGAGUGGUGAAAAACCAACAAAGUCAGAGUAUGUUUCUCCACCUCUUCUACAGCGACAAAAAUCUUUCAACUCCCAAGGAGUGACAAUCAUUCCACCUUUUCAAAACACACUGAAAGUAAAGGCUGGCAACCCCUCUCACAAUGGCCGUGUGUGUAGCACAUGGGGUAACUUCCACUUCAAGACCUUUGAUGGGGACAUCUUUUAUUUCCCUGGGGUCUGCAACUACAUCUUUGCAUCCAACUGCAAGUCUCCCUACGAGGACUUCAACAUCCAGAUUAGGCGUGCAAUGGUGGAAAAUGCUACUGUGAUCACUCAUGUCAUCAUGAAGCUGGAAGGAAUAGUGAUCGAACUGACCCCCACCUCUGUCCUGCUCGAUGACAAAUUGGUCCAGAUGCCCUACAGCCAUAUGGGAGUCUUGAUAGAGAAAAGUAAUAACUAUUUGAAAGUUUCUGCCAAGUUGGGACUGACUUUCCUUUGGAAUGGACAUGAUGCCCUCCUGGUGGAACUAGAUAAGAAAUAUGCCAAUCAAACUUGUGGACUUUGUGGGGACUUCAAUGGAAUUCCAGUCAGCAAUGAAUUUAUUUCAGGGAAGACAAAACUGACGCCCAUACAGUUUGGUAACAGGCAGAAGAUGGAUGGACCCACAGAGCAGUGUGAUGAUCCUAUUCCUCCUACUACUCUGAUGAACUGCUCAAGAGAAUUUGCUUCUAUCUGUGAGACAGUAUUAACCAGCAAAGCAUUUACGAGUUGUAACAUGCUUGUGAACGUUCAGGACUACAUUGAAACUUGCAUACAAGACCUGUGCCACUGUGACAGCUCUAUGGCUGACUUCUGCAUGUGCAACACCUUUGCUGAGUACUCCCGGCAGUGUGCUCAUGCAGGUGGACAGCCCCUGAACUGGAGAACCUCAGACCUGUGCCCCAAAUCGUGUCCGUUCAACAUGCAAUACCAUGAGUGUGGCUCUCCCUGCUCCGACACGUGCAGCAACCCAGAACGAUCUGCUCUUUGUGAAGAUCACUGCACAGAUGGCUGUGUCUGUCCUCCAGGAAUGGUGUUUGAUGACGUUAAUGGUGCUGGCUGCAUUCCCCGCACAGAAUGCCACUGUACCUAUGAGGGUGAAACUUAUGCUCCUGGUGCUUCCUUCUCAUCUAAAUGCAGAUCAUGCACCUGUGUUGGAGGUGAAUGGUCUUGUGUCACUCAGUCGUGCCCUGGGACUUGCAGUGUUGAAGGAGGUUCCCACAUUUCAACAUUUGAUGAGAAAUACUAUUCCUUCUUUGGAGACUGUAGUUAUGUCCUAACCAAGCUCUGUGAUAGCAAUGAAUUCACGGUGUUGGGGGAUAUCCACAAGUGUGGCCUGACUGACACUGAGACAUGCCUCAAGGGUGUAGCCAUCAGCUUAAAUGGAGGACAAACGAACAUUGUGAUCCAGCCUUCUGGGAGUGUAUUUGUGAAUAUGAUCUACACACAGUUACCAUUCUCAGCAGCAAAUGUCACCAUCUUCAGGCCUUCAUCUUUCUUCAUAAUUCUGCAAACAACUUUUGGUCUUCAGCUACAGGUUCAACUUGUGCCUUCAAUGCAAGUUUAUAUAGACCUAGACCCAUCACAUAAAGGGCAGACCUGUGGUCUCUGUGGAAACUUCAAUGAUGUCCAGACAGAUGAUUUCAAAACCACCAGUGGUGUGAUAGAGGGCACUUCAGCUGCCUUUGGCAAUACUUGGAAAACUCGGGCUGAUUGUCCUGAUGCCAAAAAUACCUUUGAGGAUCCCUGUACUGUCAGCAUACAAAAUGACCAGUAUGCUCAGCACUGGUGUGGACAGCUCUCGGAUACCACGGGACCUUUUGCUGAAUGUCACUCAACAGUGAAUCCAGAAGUUUACCAGAAGACCUGUAUGUUUGACACGUGUAACUGUGAGAAGAGUGAGGACUGCAUGUGUGCUGCCCUUUCCAGCUACGUCAGAGCCUGUGCUGCAAAAGGAGUUCUUCUCACUGGAUGGAGGAGCAAAGCCUGCACAAAAUACACCACCUUGUGUCCGAAGUCCUUGACGUACACCUACAAUGUCAAUUCCUGUCAACCCACCUGCCGGUCUCUGAGUGAGCCUGAUGUCACAUGCAGCAUCAAGUUUGUCCCAGUUGAUGGCUGUACCUGCAUAAACGGAACCUACAUGGAUGACAGUGGCAAAUGUGUGCCUGCUUCUAGCUGUCCCUGUUACUACAAAGGAAUGCCUCUGUCUUCUGGAGAAGUUGUUCAUGAUAAUGGCGUUGUCUGCACUUGCACCUAUGGAAAGCUGAGCUGCAUUGGAGAAAAGCCUGAACCAGUCUGUGUGCCUCCCAUGGUUUAUGUUGACUGUGGCAAUGUCACUGCAAAUGUGGUAGGAGCAGGAUGCCAGAAGAGCUGUCAGACUCUAGACAUGGAAUGUUACAAAACUCACUGUGUCUCUGGCUGUGUAUGUCCUCAUGAUCAAGUGUUGGAUGGCAAAGGUGGCUGUAUAGCUCCAGAAGACUGUCCAUGUAUUCACAAUGGGAAUUCCUACAGUCCAGGAGAAUCAAUCAGAGUUGGCUGUAACAACUGCACAUGUAGAAACAGAAAAUGGCAAUGCUCUGAGGAACCCUGCCUGGAAACAUGUUCUGUUUAUGGAGAUGGGCAUUAUACCACCUUUGACGGCAAACGCUUUGACUUUGAAGGAGACUGUGAAUAUGUUCUGGUCCAGAACUACUGUGGUCAACAAGCUAUGAAUCAGGGAACCUUCAGAGUCAUCACUGAGAACAUACCAUGUGGCACUACAGGAACUACCUGCUCUAAGUCUAUUAAAGUUUUCUUGGGUAACUAUGAGCUGGUACUCAGUGAUGGACACUCAGAUGUCAUCCAGAGGACACCUGGAGGAAAAAUGCCAUUCCAAAUCCGUUCCAUGGGCAUCUACAUGGUGGUUGACACUACUGUUGGUCUGAUACUCAUGUGGGACAAGAAAACCAGUAUAUUCAUCAAACUUAGUCCCAGCUUUCAGGGCCAUGUGUGCGGACUUUGUGGAAACUAUGAUGGCAAUGGAAAUAAUGACUUCACUACUCGCAGUCAGUCUGUGGUAGGAAAUGUGCUGGAGUUUGCCAAUAGCUGGAAAGUGUCUUCUAGUUGCCCAAAUGCCAAUCGUACCCAGGAUCCAUGCUCUGCAAAUCCAUACAGGAAAGCCUGGGCACAGAAGCAAUGCAGCAUCAUUACCAGUGAAGUGUUUUCAAACUGUCACUCACAGGUUGAACCAAAUGAGUAUUACCAAGCCUGUGUGGAUGAUGCUUGUGCCUGUGACACUGGAGGAGACUGUGAAUGUUUCUGCACAGCAGUAGCUGCCUAUGCUCAAGCAUGUAAUGAGCUGGACAUCUGCAUAUCAUGGAGAACCCCAUCCAUUUGUCCUCUGUUCUGUGAUUACUAUAAUCCACAAGGGGAAUGUGAGUGGCACUACAAGCCAUGUGGAGCACCUUGUAUGAAGACCUGCAAUAAUCCAAGUGGGAAAUGUCUUCAUGAGAUGAGGGGUUUGGAAGGCUGCUAUCCACAAUGUCCCAAAAAUAAGCCCUAUUUUGAUGAGGAAACCAUGACCUGUGUUUCUAAUUGUGGUUGUUAUGAAGAUGGAAAAAAUUACAAACCAGGAAUGGAGAUGCCUUCAAAGCAGAAUUGUGAAUCAUGUGAAUGCACAAUUCAUGGCAAAAAAUGCAGAUAUGAUGAACAUGAAUGUGUCUGCAUUUAUGAGGGACAGAAAUACAACUACAACGAUGUGGUCUACAACACUACAGAUGGCACAGGAUGGUGUAUUGUUGCAACCUGUGGUCCCAAUGGAACGCUUCAAAGAUUUAUCCAUUACUGUCUCACCUCAACAACACCCACAACAGCAACGACAUUUCACUUCAGUUCUACACCACCUACCACUACUUCCACAGUGUCACCAACUACAUCAGUAUGUGUUCAUGAAGUCUGUACGUGGUCAGAAUGGUAUGAUGGGAGUCUACAGACCCCUGGCUAUGAUGGGGGAGAUUUUGAAACUUUUCAUGAUUUACAAGCAAAAGGAUACGAAGUCUGUAAAGCUCCAAGGGCUGUGGAAUGUAGAGCAGAAAAAUUCCCUGAUAUACCACUGAAAGACCUUGGCCAAAAAGUAGAAUGCAGUACAACGAAAGGGCUGAUAUGUUACAACAAGGAUCAAAUUUCAACAAUGUGCAACAACUAUGAAAUCAGAAUCCUCUGCUGUGUUUUUGUACCAUGCUCUUCCACAACGCCUCUGAGCACAUCAACCCAGGUCACAACUUCAGCUCUGACAGAAACAUCUACUGAAACAACGCAUUCAGUUACCACGGAACGUACAACAUUCACACCUUCAACUACUGAAGAAACAACAACCACAACUAAAAUGAUGACACCUGUCACCACAUCCCCUUCAACAAUUCCUCUCUGUUUCAAGGAAAAAUGUUACUGGUCAAGAUGGUAUGAUGUCAGUUAUCCAGGGUCAGGUUACAAUGAUGGAGAUUUUGACACCAUUCAGAACAUAAAAAACAAAGGAUACAAAGUUUGUGAAAAUAGAAAGGAUGUGGAAUGUAGAGCAGUACGGUUCCCUAAUACACCAUACCCUCUGCUAGAGCAACACAUAACGUGUAACACAGAAGAAGGGUUGAAAUGUUACAACAAAGAUCAACUGCCACCCAUCUGCUAUAAUUAUGAAUUAAGAUUUAAAUGCUGCAUAAAUAUAAGCGUACCAUGCGAAACAACCCCUGAAAGUGUUACUACAACAAUAGAACCAACUACACUUUGGUCAAGAACAACAUCCAAAAAAGGACCAACAACAAUAAGUUUACAAACAAAACACAGGACAACAACUGAAUACACCGUCCAACCGAAAACAGAUUACAUACAUACCAGAAUAACAUCAAAACCAACUACACAAAAAACUUACACAGGAGUAAUAAGCAGCACAUCACCAAAACCUACCACCACCUCCACCACCACCUGUCAACCCGAAGUGUGCGCCUGGAGCGAGUGGUUUGACGUUGACUUCCCCUCCUCGGGGCCCAACCAGGGAGACUUUGAAACGUACCAGCACAUCCGCGCCGCCGGCAAGCGAAUCUGCCGGCAGCCAAAGGAGAUCGAGUGCCGGGCGGAGGACUACCCCGACGUUGCCAUCCAGCAGGUGGGGCAGGUCGUGCAGUGCGACGUCCACUUUGGACUGGUGUGCAAGAACGAGGACCAGACGGGCAAAUUCAAGAUGUGCCUCAACUACAAGAUCCGCGUGCUCUGCUGCACCCCCAACUACAACUGCUCGUUCUCUACCCCUUUAACCACCACCAGGACAUCCACAAUUAUUACGCGAAGUGAAGCUGUCUUUACCUCAUCUCCACCUGUGGUUUCUACUACGCCGUGUUUCUGCAAGAUUGGUGAUGCUAUUUUUUCACCUGGUGAUUUGAUUUACAAUAGAAUGGAUAGUGAUGGAUGCAGAUUUUAUGCCAUUUGCAGCCCAACAUGUGUUAUUGAACGACACACUGUGAAUUGUAAUGUCUCUACUUCACCAGCCACUACUUCCUCUGAGUGGUCUACAGUAACAACAUCAGUUCCUUUGCGUCCCACCUCUGCAAAUGUUGUUUUUCAUGGUUGUGUUUCCGCUCUUUAUCCUCCAUUACAACCUGGAGAAAGAUUCAAAUUAUCCAACUGUACAGAAGUGAUCUGUAAUGGAGACAACGAUAUAGACGUAGUACCAACGGUCUGCCCACCCGUAAAGGAAAUUACCUGUGCAAACAAAUAUCCACCAGUGCUGGUACCAGAUGAAAAUGGAUGCUGUUACCGAUAUGAGUGUCAAUGUGUGUGUAGUGGAUGGGGUGAUCCUCAUUACAUUACUUUUGAUGGAAUCUAUUAUACCUUCCUUGAAAACUGCACUUAUGUCCUGGUGAAACAGAUUGUCCCUAGAUAUGACAACUUCCGUGUUUACAUUGACAACUACUACUGUGAUGCGAAAGAUGGGCUCUCUUGCCCUAAAUCCAUUAUUAUUUUCUACAAAUCUGCAGAAGUGCUCCUGACUCGUGAACUCAUGAAUGGUGUGAUGACCAAUGUGAUGUACUUCAACAAAAAGAUUGUUGAACCUGGCUUCAAAAAAGAUGGCAUUUCUUUCUCCACUCUUGGCAUCAAUAUGAUUGUUGAAAUAGAAGAAAUUGGUGCUGUCAUCACCUUUAGUGGUUUGAUUUUCUCUGUGAAGCUCCCAUACAGCAAAUUUGGCAACAAUACGGAAGGACAAUGUGGAACAUGUACAAACAAUAAAGCAGAUGAAUGCCGCUUACCAAGUGGCAAGAUAAUUUCCUCCUGUCCCCAAAUGGCUCAUCACUGGAUUGUUGAUGACAACAAGUCGUGCCAUGGAAUACCAGUACCACCAACUAUAACAACACCUCCACCAAAGCCGCAGUGUCAAACACCUCUGCUCUGCAAGCUUAUCUUGAGCGAGGUUUUUGCAGAAUGUCAUACAGUGAUACCACCAGAACCAUUUUUCAAAGGUUGUGUUUUUGAUGGAUGUCGCAUAGACGAUGAAUCCAUGCAGUGUUCCAGUUUGGAAAUAUAUGCCACAGAGUGUGCUGCUAGAGGUGUCUGCAUUGACUGGAGAGGAAUGACCAACAAUACAUGUUCAUUCAGCUGUCCAUCAAGCUUGGUAUACAAGCCAUGCGGGCCCAUUAAUCCAGUUACCUGUGACCAAAGCUAUGAGCGUCCUGGCUAUGGAGUAACUGAAGGCUGUUUCUGCCCUGAAGGAAUGACACUCUUGCGUGCAGAGAGCAACAUCUGUGUCUCUGAAUGUGUCUGCAGAGAACCAAAUGGAAUGUCCAGAUGGCCAGGAGAAAAAUGGACAAAAGAUUGCCAGGAAUGUGUCUGUGACAAAAAUACUCUUCAGGUGAAGUGUACAAAACACGAAUGUUCUCUGACACAGCAAGUAUUUUGUGAAGAACCAGGUUACAUGCCUGUUCAGAUACAGAUACCAGAAGAUCCAUGCUGUACUAGGACUGAGUGCUACUGCAACACAAGCCUCUGCCCUGAUAUCACACCCCAGUGCUUAGAGGGACAGGAAAUAAUCACAAUAAUGCCACCUGGAAACUGCUGUCCUAUCUUUGAAUGCAGACAGGGCUGUGUAGUCAACGAAACCUAUUAUGCACCUGGAGCUGCCAUUCCAUCAGGCCCCUGUGAAGAAUGUACCUGCUCUGAAUCCUCUCCCUCAAUCCCUCACCACCCUUGGGUCACAUGCCAGCCCAUUAUCUGUGACACAUUCUGCCCGCUGGUGAGUGCUCCUCUGCUGUCAGAAAUUCCUAGCCCGCUCAGCUCGAGCCACCACCUUCUUAAUGUUGUCUCUCUGUUUCUUUCAAAACAGGGCUAUAAAUACACAGUGGAACCUGGACAGUGCUGUGGCACAUGCAAGGCAGCAGCUUGUGUAGUGACGCUGGGAGACAACAUUACACACGUGCUCCAUGAAGGAGAACAUUGGAAUCCACCUGGUGAUAACUGUACUGUUUACACGUGUGAAAAGCAUGCUGAUCACUUCAUUCAAGUCAUCAAAGAGGCAAGCUGUCCUGCCUUUAACCCUGAUGAGUGUGAUCCAGAUGAUGUCAGGUUAUCUGACGAUGGUUGCUGUUUAGUGUGCCGAAGAAUACCGAAACUUUGUAUGAAGCACAAUAUGACUACUGUCAUCAACUAUAAUGGCUGUGUAUCUCCUGCACCUGUUGAGAUAACAUACUGUGAAGGCAGCUGUGAUGCUUACUCACGAUAUUCUCAAAUGACAAACACGAUGGUGCACAAAUGCUCGUGUUGUCAGGAAAUCAAGACCAGCAAAAGAAAGGUGACUCUGACGUGCAGUGACGGAACCUCCCUCGAGCACUCCUACACCUACGUGGAGAAAUGCAGCUGUGUGGGUGCUGAGUGCAUUACCCAAGACAACACCCAACAGGAGACACAGCAGAUAAAGACCUCUCAGGAGCAAACAAAUAUCAAAAAUUAG